CUACAUUUCCCGUGAGUCGGGAGCGUUCCCGGCGGAAGUGCACGUGCUCGCCGAACGGAGGGGAAAGCGACUGGGGCCGGCAGGUAAACAGCGCGCCGGGCUGGGGACUCCCCGCCCGGAAAGCGAGGCCGCGGGUGCAGCUAGUGUGAAGCAAUGGCCAUCCUGUUUGCUGUUGUUGCCAGAGGCACGACCAUCCUUGCCAAACAUGCCUGGUGUGGAGGAAAUUUCCUGGAGGUGACGGAGCAGAUCCUGGCAAGGAUACCAUCAGAGAACAACAAACUCACCUACUCACAUGGAAAUUAUCUAUUUCAUUAUAUCUGCCAAGACCGGAUUAUAUACCUAUGUAUCACAGAUGAUAACUUUGAACGUUCCAGAGCCUUCAGUUUCCUGAAUGAAAUCAAAAAGAGAUUUCAGACUACGUAUGGUUCAAGAGCACAGACAGCACUUCCAUAUGCCAUGAACAGCGAAUUCUCCAGUAUCUUGGCUGCACAGCUGAAACACCACUCGGAGAACAAGGGCACUGAUCAGAUGGUGGAGACACAAGCCCAGGUUGAUGAACUUAAAGGAAUCAUGGUCCGAAACAUAGACCUGGUGGCUCAAAGAGGAGAGAAGCUGGAGCUGCUGAUAGACAAAACUGAGAAUCUAGUGGAUUCAUCUGUCACAUUCAAAACUACCAGCAGGAACCUGGCCAGAGCCAUGUGUAUGAAGAACCUCAAGCUUACCAUCAUCAUCACAGUAGUAUCGAUUGUGGUCAUCUACAUCAUUGUGUCAGCUGCCUGCGGGGGGCUUACAUGGCCCAGCUGUGUGCAGAAGUAAACAGAUGGCCUGUGCUGAUCAGCCAAGGAUGAGAGCACAUGAGUGUGUGCGAAGGAGCAACCCACAAAAUAACUUGUCUUUCACUACUGACACAUCAUUCUUCCAUCCUUCCAGGACUUCAUACUUCUCUUUGCCUUAUCACCUCCAGUGGCCCCAAGUCACUGCCUCAGUGCAGUUUCAGCCUCAACGAAGAGCUGUUUUAAAACAACUUGAAGGGAUUUUGUUUUUGUUCUUUUGUCUUAACUGCAGCUUCUCAGCUGGGCAGGCAGUGAGGCUGGCUCCAGAGGGUAUGUGCAUGCUUCUCUGUGUGUGUAUGUACAGCUUUGCACUUUAAUGGAAGUGUGCUAAGCAGAGAACAGCAUUGCUAGUGCCUCCAUCUCUGCAUGAGGAGUGGGGCUGGAGAGCUCAAGAUGGGUCAAUGAAGGUAGGCAGAGUGAUGAAAGUCCAUUUUGCUGCCACUAUAUUGGGAUCUAAUUAACAUCUCCUCCCUACAUGUUUGGUCCACAAAGUGAUGCAUUAUGUAGGGUUCAAUGCUUACUUGUUCAGGGGCCACUAAUGCAAACAUGGGUUGAGGUCACAAAUAGAAUGGCACAGUAGAUGUUAAGAUCCCUCAAAGGCAUAGGCCCCUCCUGGAGACACAUCUCCCUCUUCAAUAAUGAACCCUUUUCUCCUUUGGGGAAUCUCUUUGGACAGCUGUACAGAUGGGGGGGAUUGAGUGGGCAUGUUGAAAUGACUCCUCUUUCACCCCAUCUUCUGCUCAGCUCCCCUACUUUGUGACUAAGUUAAUAGAGUAAAGAUGAUGAUUGUGAUAAACUUGGCUGCUGUUUGUCAUUGUGUUUUAAGUAUCGCUUCUGUCCUGUAUGUUUAAUCGUCCCCCACUCAAAAUAAACUUACAGCAAGUGCUUAUUACUCAA